CAAAAAUGAUUAAUGAUGUUCUUAUAAUUGAUGAGAGGUUAAAAUAGUUGUAGGAAGAAGUAAAGAUGAUGGAAUAAUAAUAUGGAUUUAGUGAAGAGUUUAAGUUAAAGGAAGUUGGUAAUAGAUUAAAGAAAGAAGAUAAUUCAAAACAAUAAACAAAAAAAUAACCUAAUAGAUACUAAAAUUUACCUAAUUUUGUAAAGCAAAAAGAAAUUAAGCAAUAAAAAAUGAAAGCAUAAUUAUCAAAUAAAUGGGUUGAAAUAUUUUAAGAGAAACCAUCAAUAAUGCAAUUUUAUGAUGUUGAUAGAUUUCUUCCUACUCUUCAAAGUCCAUAUGAUAUACAAAUUAAACCUACAGUGCCAAAUGAUGAGGAUAUUUACGAAACCUAUAUUGAUAAUUUAAAAUAUGAUUGA